AAGAAAUCCAUCGCAGUCUUGCCUUGGUAGGGCCAUCAAGUUGGGCAGAUCCACACCUCCGCCGGUCCAACGAGUCCAUCAUGGGAGACAACGUUCCUCCUAGAUCUGUCACGUCCCCGACCUCCCUAGAAGCGUACCGCCGUACUUCUCUUCACCAGAGCUUCUCGGCCCGACCUACAGACGUGGCAAGCCAACCUCCGUCCACAGGUACACAACCUCGUCGACAUUCAAACUUGCCACCCAACUCGAUGAGCAUGGGUCCUGGUUCUGCUCCAUCGUUUUCAGGGCUAAACAACGCGCCGUUGUCAAACCCCCUCCCCAAAAGCAGCUCGCGCCGCAGCUUUGGAUUUUUCGGGUUUGGUGACAAAGCGACUAGCAGCUCGAGUCAGUCAUUUGUGGCAUCGAAUCCUCCACCCAUCUCAAGCACGGGGUCUACUGGCGACUCGUCCUUGCCAGACACGUCAUUGAACUCGUCGAACUCCCCUUUCUCACAGUCCGCUGUGCCCUCGAGCACCGAUUCUCAAACUACAGGCACCAUCAUCACCAGCGGGUACCUUACGAAGCGCGGGCAUGUCGUGACAAACUGGAAGACUCGCUUCUUUGUCUUGCGUGCCGGUGGGAGGUUGAGUUAUUACGCCGACGAGGGUAUGAAGAAGAAGUUGGGGGAAGUGCACUUGGAGAAAGUCAGUCCUUGGAGCGGUGAAGCGAACGGGUUCAUGUUCUACACGAGCAAACAAAUUGCGUACUACGUGUAUGCGAGCACGAAUAGCGAACGGCGGCGGUGGUUAGAGGCUUUGUCGGACUAUUACGUCGAGCCGGAUGCCGUCGAUUGCGAAGGAUACCUGACAAAGCGAGGCCACCUCGUGCCUAGCUACCGAAUGCGCUAUUUCGUAUUGUCUGGCGCAAGCAUGAAGUACUUUGCAGACGAGACAGCGUAUCGUUCUGGCGCGUCGGCCCUAGCCGAGAUGGAGGUUCGAGGUGGAGGUCGAUGGGACGGCGAAAGCACAGGGCUGUUCAUCAAGACGUCGACCGGAUCCACGCUGUUUCUCUGUGCUGAGAACGUCCCCGAGUUACAAAAGUGGCUGGAAGCGCUUGGUAAAGUCACUGUGGACAAGCCGGUGCAACCGAUUGCGUGCGCGGGGUGGCUGACCAAGCAAGGCCACAAGCGUAAGAGCUGGAAGAAGCGGUACUUUGUUCUGCGAGGCACGACGCUCGCAUACUACACGGACUUCGACGCGUCCAACAUGCGGCACAGCAGGCCCUUAGGGGAAGUGACUGUCCGCGAGGUGUCGACAUGGGAUGGCGAACCUGGCGGGUUUAUGUUUGUCACCAACGAUAACGUUCCGUAUUACGUGUUUGCCGACAACGAACGCGACCAAGCGAAGUGGCUGACGGCGCUGCGCAAGCUCUUUGAAUCGUCAACUUCAGUGGAAGAACCGGAAAAGACUUGUCCGCGCUGUGCGUACGUCUUGACGGGCUCGCGAUUCUGCGGCGCGUGUGGCUUCAACCUCCGAGGCACCUCGAACGAGCGCUCGCGCCAGACAUCGCAGCCACUCGUAGUUCCAUCAUCGUCUGACGACUUUGACAACGACGAAGAGAAUUCCGCGAUGGACGACUUGGACGCGUUGUCGGAAGGAGCUCGGACGCUGCUUUUGGCCGUGAUGCAAAACCCAACGAUUCAACUGGGCGCAGAGUUGCAACGUCGGUCGAGCAGCAACCAGAAUCUGGUCACGUUGGGGAAUGAGGCUAUGGAUGCGCUCGAAAUGGAUGAGGCAGUCGUUGCUCCAGAAGAAAAUGCACCGUCUCCACUUACCUCCACGGCGGUGGAAGAGGUUGCUGUAAUCCCACCGGUAAUCACCACUCCACCGCCAUUUCAGCCGCCGCCUCCAGUUCCACCAGGACCUCCAGUUGCUGCUCCUCCGCCAACUGCUUCAACAGCGAUCGCACUACCCCCAGCAUCCCCGAGCAAGGAUGUUGCAAAGCCAGCUGUUACGGCACUUCCCCCAUCUUCACCCGCGCCUCUGCUUCAACCAGCUGCGUCGGUUCGAAAAGACUUUGUCGUCCCUGCUAGCACCAACAACGACACGAGUUUCAGCUCGUUUGGAUCGGACUCAGGGCGUCCGCCAAUUGUGCGUACUCCUACCACGACAGUGUCCGGCCCCAUAGGGAAAGUACAGCAAAAAGCUAUUGCAGAUCUCUUGCAAGACUCUAGCGAUGAAGAAAAGGAGGACGAGAGCCCGGUGAAGAAACAAGCCGCGGCGAAGCGAACGCAACGAUUGUUUGAACUCCAGGGCUCAGCACGGCAGUUCGACACGCUCCCGCCUAACGACGACGUGCAUAUCAAUUCCCCGCGUGUGGACGACACCGCAUCUCGUCGACCAAGUCUCGACGAAGGCGAUUCGUUGGUGUUGGUGGGGGUCGCCGGUUUGAAAGAGGAUUCUCGCGCGGCGCCACAGCCUCUCGCAAACUCCAAACCCGACCCGCAGAAAGACCUGUACACGUUUAUGGAGCGCGAAAUGCAGUUCACGCCGCUGUUUGUCCCUUCUGCCGACGCGCCCGUACGUUGUCGGUUGUACGCUUCAAUGGCGUACUCGACAUCAAAGAAGAUCCUGCUCUUUUUGACAGAUUCAGGACCGCUGGGGCUGUGGAAGGACGAUGCGAUGCACCCCGUCGACGUAAAUCAUCCUUUUGCCAUGCUGCCGUAUUUGCAUCGCGCGCAGCAAGAAGGCUUCAGUUUGUUUGUGUGUAAUCCGUUCUCGAACAGCGCCAAGGUGUUUGAAGAAGGCGGAUUCGAGCGUGUGGUGCCAAUCCCGAAGUCGGCCACCCCGAAAGAGCACUUGUUUUACGUCUGGGAAAAGUACGUUAUGCCGACCAAGGCUGAGAUUUCGAUCGUCGCGUACCACCGCGGCGGAGCAUUGGCGGUGUCGCUCCUGGAAAAGUUCGAGGAUGCCCGCCGAAGGGUUUUCCGCGUCGUGUUCGUCGAGUCGAAGCACGUUGUCGAUCGCGAAAAACUUGGCGCGAAUGUGCUGGAAUUCCUCGGCCGUCGCACGAUUCAGUGGGAAGCAUCGAAGGAGCAACCGGUCGGUGGCCAAAUUGUCGAAUCGCAGGAGCGUGUGGGUUGUGUGUGUCUGUCCCUUGGCGCGAAUGACUCGGGCGACGUUGGCGUGCUGGACAAGGCUGAAGAUGCUGUAUUUGCCUUUUUGCUAGCGAAUCCAUCCCGGCCUGGCAUGACUGCGAUCGUGAAGCAGGUGCGCGGUGCGCUUCGAAACAAUCGCCGAGGCGGUGCCGUCGCCGCAAUCCGCGCAGGUCUCCCCGUUGAAAAAACUUCCAACAUCACGCGCGGUAACUCCAACGUGUUUGUGCUUGGCGAAGCCGACCAACACGGCGACCAUAACAACAGCGAUGGCGCGCCGGCAGUAGUGGACGGCGAGUCGGUCACGUCUCCGCAAAAGCCGACCGCGGCGGCCCAACAGUACUACAUGCCAAAGCAAGUGGCGGCGAGGCCAUCGCAAGCGAGCACAUCGUCCAACGCCCAAACCAUCUCGAUGCGGGAUUUUGAACUGAUCAAAGUCGUGGGUCAAGGCGGGUUUGGCAAAGUAUUUCUUGCCCAAAAGGUAACCGAGCCACGCAAGGGCGAGUCGUUUGCGAUGAAGGUGCUCAAGAAACAGCACGUAUUGUCCUCUGGCCUGGUCAAUACAACGAUGGCGGAGCGUCGCAUCUUGACUGAAAUCAACCAUCCAUUCGUCGUCAAGCUCUACUAUGCAUUUCAGAGCGAAACCAAGCUGCACCUGGUCAUGGACUAUCUCAGCGGUGGAUCCCUCGCCAUGCAUCUGCGCCGUCGCCGCAAGUUCCCCGAGGACUGGGCCCGGUUCUACGCGGCUGAGGUCUCGGCAGCCAUCGCGCAUCUCCACCACGUCAACAUCAUCUAUCGCGACGCCAAGCUCGAGAACGUCCUGAUGGACCACGAAGGCCACGUGCGCAUCACCGACUUUGGACUGUCCAAGCAAGGCGUGUCGGGGCUCCAAGGGGCCACGACCUUCUGCGGGACGGCGGCGUACAUCGCGCCCGAGCUGCUCAAGGGCCAGACGUACGGCAAGGCGGCGGACUGGUGGUCGUUUGGCAUUUUGCUCUAUGAAAUGAUUGGUGGCAAGCCACCCUACUACCAUCGGAACCGCGACAUCAUGUUCCAGACGAUUCUCAAGCAAGAGUGGGUGACGUUUUCGCCCGACUUUUCAGACGCUGCCGUGUCGUUGAUUCGAGGGCUUUUGACGAGAGACCCGAUGCAGCGCCUCGGCAGUGGUCCCCACGGUGCCGACGAAGUGCUGACCCAUCCGUUUUUCGACUCGAUCGACUGGGGCGAACUCCUCUCGAAGCGCAUCCCGCCGCCGUUCAACCCCGGGGUUGGCAAGCUGGACACGGUCUACGUGGCGCAAAACCUGCAAGACAUUACGGCCCAAGACCGACAAGCAAGCGUCAUGCACCUCAACGAACAUGGCCCGGCGCGGCACAACGACUUUGACGGGUUUAGUUUUGUCGGCCGGUCGGCGUCGAGUAUCAAUUUGAACUAAAGCACACGUAUCGAUGUCAUUUGGUGGACUGCCGUGCCUCGACUGGUGGAGCAUGCGUAAAGUUGAAGCAUUCGACUGCGGGCACAGAGAGCUUGAAUUGGAACGGAGGACGGGGGACGGCAUCGCCAUCCAAUGGCGAUGGUCGCGUGGUUAUUGUCGUCGGUACGUUUCAACACCGGUAUUGGGACGACGACGAGGGAAGCAGUGACUGCAAACGCCGCCAACUUGUCCAGGUGUAUGAAGCCAACGUUUUAUGGUCGCAAGUGGCGAGACAGGAGAUGCCGUGUGCGUCAAACGGCGUGCCUCGGACCGCUUGGUCGCAUGUGAUGCACCGCAGUCAGAGAAGGCGUGGGAUAGAAAC